CUCACUCACUCACUCACUCUUCCACACACAUUAACACAUUAACGCACGCACACUCGCAUCCAUCUCACAUAUACCCCACCUCUCCCCUAACGAUAAACCGCCAUCAUCAUUCGCAGCACCAGCACCAGCACCAGCAGCUUUGAAGCAAACAACAUCUUUCCUCUCUCUCUCUCUCUCCUCUCCUCAGAGCACUACUCUUUUCCUUCUUUCUCUCACUCUUUUCCUAGUCCACAUCCCAAAACGCCUUUUGUUGCUCUCUCUUGAUAAUACCGCCGAUGACCCUUGCCUUCGCAUCGUUAUCAUUGGUCAAACGCAAUACGAGCACAAAAAAGGAGAAGAAACACCAUCAUUACCACUCACCAAGCUAUUACGACGACGACAACAGCGACUAUCCGGCAGCAACAGCAACAGCAACAGCAACAGCAACAGCAACAGCAGCAGCCGACGACGACGACGACGACGACGACGAGUUUUAUCCAUACGAAAAAACCAAAUUCUCCAAGCUCAAAAAAUCACUCUUUCCAUGGUCAAUAACAACCACCUCCUCUUCCUCCUCUUCCUCAGGCUACUACGGUAGUAGUAGUAGUAACAGUAGUAGUAGUCAUAGCAGACGGACCUCUAUUGGUGCCUUUUUCCAAAGCAUCUGCAGCCAUGAGCAGCCACUUUUCGAUUCCCGCAGAAGACGCAGCACCAGCUCGUUUGCAAAUGAUGCCCUUUUUGAACGCUACCGCUACCGCAAACAAUCCCUCACCAACAACAAGCUGGACUUGUCUCAAAACAGGAAAGCGGCAUCCGCUCCACCGUCCUCCUUACCUGUCACCUCCCAGCACAACAACAGUACCUUGAGCAAGAGCAACAAUAGUACGCUUGUCAAUACACCUAGCAGCAUCAGCAAAAACGAUGCCGACGACGACGACGACGAUGUACUAGCGACCCCGCGCGUUGUAUGCUGGCAGGAUGACAAUGUACCACGAGGCAUACUUGUCAAACGAAACCAGCACAGGCACACCAGUAGUCUCCAAUGCACCUCCUCGUCUUCAACAUCUUCCACUGCUGCUGGUCCCUUGCAUAGACGGAGCAGGUCCACUGCAACACACCAGCACUCCCAUCAUCAUCAUCAUCAUCCUACGCACCAUGUCCGUCACUACUCCCAUGUCUCAUACAUCUCCUCUUCCAAUAUCACUGCCCACUCGGAGGAUUUGACCGCCAAACAAUUUGCUGAUUUGGCAGGCAUCAAGAUCCUUCCAGACGAUAUCGCUGUGGAUGUGAACAAUGCAAGCACCACCACCACUGACUAUUACUUGAGCUGCAACAACCAGACAGCCAAUACUGCUGCUACUACUACUAACAACAACAACACCACCACCACCCAUGAUUGGAUUUUUGAUCAUGACGGCAGCAGCAACAACAACAUGAACAAUGUACAUCAGCGACACCAACAACAAUCAUCGGACGACAAUGUCAGUUUGGAUGAAGAGUGUCUGUCUGUCAAAAGCAGUGGUCUGUCCGUGGUAGCAGCAGCAGCAGCAGCAGCCAAUAAGCCGACAAUCUGGGACGAAUCGUUUUGGAAAACAAACGAAUCGACCGCUGCUACUUCAACAAAGUCGUCUUUUUUGGAAGAAGAGGAGGUUGUUUCGCCGUCAAUGCCAUCACCACCAGCACCAGCACCAGUACCGCUGCUGGCGUCAAGGACAGCACCUCCCUUGCCAUCAACAACGACAACAACAACAACAACAACAGCAGUAGCAAAACUGCCAUUGCCACAACGCAGAAUCAUCAAGAAAGGUCGCUUUGAGAUCCAUGUUGAAUCGGCUGCCUAGUCUUGAUGUAUGACGACGAUGCUUCCCAUUCUUAUAAAUAAUAUAUAUACCAUAGUCUCUUUCUUUCCUUCUUUCUUUACAUACUACUCACCUUUUGGUCCGUUCUUCUCCUUCUCAUUCCUUUCCCUUCCUAUGCUGCUAGUUUUUCUUUCUUUUCUUUUCUUCCAUACAUAAUCACACACGUCCCCUCCCCUGCCCCUCCCCCCCCCUUUUUUUUUCCAUCACGCAUCUUACUUUUUUUUUAAUAAUAAUAAUAGCA